CACUCUGUUGCUUUGGUGAAGCCAAGAUGAAGCUCACAAUUGUCUUUGCUGGACUUCUUGGAGUCUUCCUGACCCCAGCCCUUGCUUUCACUGAUAUUAACAUUGGCGGUGACAGCAACAGUGGUAUAAGUGGGCAGCAGUCAGUGAGUGUCAACAAUGAACAUAAUGUGGCCAACGUUGACAAUAACAAUGGAUGGGACUCCUGGAAUGUCCUCUGGGAUUAUAAUACUAACUUUGCUGCAGUUAGAAUCUUUAAAAAGAAGGUAUGCAUUGUGCACAGAAUGAAUAAGGAUGCCAUGCCCUCUCUUCAUGCUCUUGAUGCACUGGUCAAGGAAAAGAAGGGUAAAGGACCAGAGGGGCCACCUCCCAGGAGUCUGAUGUACUCAAUCAACCCUGAAAGAGUCAGUGACCUGGAAAAGUUAGGAAAACCCAUCGCUGGCAUGUGCAGAGGGAUUCCAACAUACAUAGCUAAUGAGCUUGAAGGGGCAAGCCUGUUCUUUUACUCAAGAGCAUGCGCCCAUCUUGAUGUACUCUGGAUUCUGAAACUUUCCUUCUGUGGACAAUUGGACUUCUAA